CAGCCGUGAUCCGGGAGGCCGUACAGUGAUGAGGUGACGGGAGUCGGCGGAGUGUCCGAGUGAAGUGGAAUUUUCCUUCACAUUUCCUUCAUGUUCCCCGGAUGCUUCAGCAAGUUUAUAAAGUGAGAAGCUGGUUUAGAUGAAGAAGAUUCGUUGCCUGUGCUUCAUCAGCUGUUCUUACCUUUGGUGGUGGCAGAGGUGAUGCAAUUGCUCAAACUUCUGACAGACAGGAAUAAAAACCACUUGAAAGAGGUACAGGAACGUGAUUGGAAUUCUUGGAAUAAUUUCCCAGCAAAACGUAAAUUACAGAGAAUUUGUAUAAAGUCUACAGCACAAAAUUAAGCCAUUUGGACCACUAGUCUACACUGGUGUUUACAUUCCAAAUGAGUGGACUACAAUAUCUGCAUGCCUAUUUGAAGGUGCUGACUGAUCACAACAAAAUCAUGGGUGAAACAGAAUAACAAAGAAUCUCAGUCGCUUCAUGUUCUGUUUGAAUCUUUCCUGAUGACCAGAUGACGGAUGUUCCAGUACUCAACACUCCAAACAAUACACCAUGAAAAGAUUGCAGGACUUAAUUUUGAGAAAAACUUUCAGACACACCACCAAUCAAGCACAAGUAUAAAAGAAAACCUACUUUCAACACAUCAGCAAACUAAAGUGUCAUGCCCAAUCAAACAGCCAGCAGCCCCCCUGACAGUAACCACGGUGCAUCAAUCUUAGGAUUCAUGCUGAUUCCUGUUACAGUCAUAGCAGUCAUUGGCAUUGCAGUUGUAGUGAUAAAGUAUGUUCGAAAGAGACGCAGGUUAGAAAAACUACGCAACAAACUAGUGCCAAUUUACUCAUAUGACCCCAGUGAGGAUCGUAAUGAUGUGGAAGAAGAAUCUUUAGAUCACAGUGGAGAAGUGAAAGAUGGUCAUGAACCUUCAGAUGAGAAAGCAAACAGACUGGAUGAUAGCCGUGUCUCCACUUCCAAUACUGACAGUGUGCUUUGAACCAAAUAUUGGUAACCAAAAUGCAGGUGCACUACAUGAAAAACAAUGUUUGAACAUUUGAGGGUUUGAAUUUACUGAUGCUGUCGUCACAAAACAGAUCACCUGUUAGAAUCAUCUACAUACUCCUGGUGUAAAACUAAACAGCCAUAAGAAUAACUAUUUUUACAAUGGUUUUUGAAUUAAAAUUGCCAGAUUGUGGCACUAUAUUUGUUGCAA